AUGCCGUCGCGCAACGAGAUUGUUCCCAUGGAGGCGACGCUAGAUCCGCCACUGGCCAAGCAACACUCCAAAUCUCAGGUUUACACCGAAAAUGUACCAAAUAUCAAGAGCGAAAGAGUAGAAGCUACACCUCCUGUACGAAAUCGCCGUCGUCGAAAUGCCAUCUUUGAAAUGAAGAGAUUUGGUGCAGAUUUUGCCUUUUUCAAUUUAUUUUCUAGAGAUCAUUGGCUUCGACGGCGAGUUAUUCUACUCGUAUCACAUCGGUUCUUUGACCGCUUCAUCGUUUUAGCUAUCGUUCUCAACUCGAUUAUCCUAGCACUGUCGGAUUUCUCAGUCGUCGACAAGAAUUUGAAUCCAGCAAGCCCAGGAUUCACGUAUCGCGACGGUUCUAUUGUCCCGGCCACUUCAUUUCUAAACGAGAUCGUGAACCUAUCGGAGAUCCCGUUCACCUCCAUUUUCACAGCCGAGUGUUUGCUGAAAAUCAUAGCUAUGGGCUUCGUAAGAAGCAAAGGCGCGUACAUGCGGGAUCCGUGGAACGCUCUCGAUUUCGUAGUCGUCAUAGCAAGCUUGGUUGCAAUUCUACCGACCAUUCCGAAUGUUUCCGUGAUCCGAACGAUCCGAGUAUUGCGUCCACUGCGGUCAUUAUCGAUGAUCCCGGGUAUGCGCGUGAUUAUUUCAGCAUUACUUAAAGCUCUCCCUGCACUAGGCAACGUCGUGGUGCUCCAAAUAUUUCUCUUUUUCAUGUUUUCCAUUCUCGGAAACCAGUUAUUUGGUGGCGAUAUGACCAGACGAUGUCGACUUACCGAGUUUCCUGUGCGAAUACCAGUCGACGAGCUAAAUCCUCACGGCAUUUGGCCUGUUUCAAACGGUUAUUUAUCAUCUGUGCUCGCCAAUCCAGAGGCUUAUCGAUGUCUGAAUGCCCCACUUCUCGAAGUCGAAUCUGGAAAUUUUAUCAAAGAAACAUCGCCUUGGUACACUGCACAGCCAUGUUUUUGGCCUGUCAACCCAGACGAUACGCAACUUUGUGCUAGACCUUCUUACUCUGGCAAUCACCAGUGCGUUUCUGGACAAACUUGUGGAGGAAAUUACGACGUCUUCGGCAAUCCGCGAUUUCUUAACAGUAUCGUAAUGGACGACGCUCUCUACCAAGAUGCACUCGAUUAUGGUCUGACAACGUUUGAUAGUAUAGGCCACUCAGCCGUCACGUUCUUUCAAGUCAUAACGUCGGAAGGAUGGACAAAUAUCAUGUACAUGUGCAUGGACUCGACACAACCAACCAUCGCAGUCUUGUUUUUCCUCGCAUUCGUGGUUUUCGACUCUAUCUUCGUCAUGAACUUGAUGCUUGCAGUCAUCUCCGAUGAGUUUAACAUCGAAGAACCUCCGUGCAAUCCUACACUUGCACUGAAAAAACUUCCAGAGAAACAAUCACGUUUCAAACCGCGUAUCCCGUUGCUGUACUACAUCGCCUCGCACCCGGUGUUUUCAACAUUCGUCAUGUGUGCCAUCUUUGCCAACACUGCUGUACUCUCUUUGGACCAUUAUCCGGUGUCAGAUACGAUGGACGCUGACCUUGAGAUCAUCAACUUCGCACUUACUUGUGUGUUUGUCGCUGAAAUGGUAAUUAAAGUUGCCGGCCUCGGAAUUCACCUGUACACACGCGACAGAUUUAAUCUUUUUGACGCGUUUAUCGUCUUGAUGGGAUUGCUUGAAAUGGCGCUGUCGCCACCGUCGUUCCUGUCCGAGAAUCCGCCAAAGAAGGGCUCAGUCUCAUCGCUGCGAUCGUUUCGACUACUACGUCUGUUUAAACUAGCUCGCAACUGGAAGUCAUUACGACAACUACUUGAGAUGGUGGGGCGUGCCCUUGCAAGUAUCGCGAAUUUCGGGGUGCUAUUGCUCAUUUUCAUUUACGUCCUUGCUCUGGUGGGCAUGCAGUUUUUUGGAAAUACCAUGCGAUUCGACAGCAACGGAUAUCCAACGAUAUACAACAUAAACGACUAUUGGUCUGGCACAGUUCCUCGACUUCAUUUCGACACUUUUCUGUGGUCCUCGAUCACAGUUUUUAAAAUAAUCACCACUGACAACUGGAACGAAGACAUGUACAAUGUUAUUCGAAGCAACGGCAUGUUCGCAGGUCUUUACACAAUUUUACUGAUCGUCUUCGGUAACUUUAUUAUGAUGAAUCUCUUCUUAGCUCUUCUACUUGAUAAAUUCAGCCUUGACGACACAGACGAGGAUCGCAACGUAAAAAAUCUCGCACGAAUGUUGACAUCAGCAAAAAUUACGCCAACGCCGCUGCCAACCUUAGAGGACAAAAACGCCAUUCAUAGUAAUCUCGACAAAACGAAACUUGAAGAUCAACUCUCCGACAGUUCUCAACCCGCCAACCCGGACAAACUUACUAGCCACGUUCAAUCAGGACCUAAUAUCUCUGCAGUUCCAGAGAGACUGAAAGCUACAUCCAGCUGGGAAAUCGUAAAGCUACAACAACUCGACAUGAGCAGCCUGUUAGCACGUAUCAUCCGGCAAGUCAGCCAGUUUCUUGGUGCAAAACCCAAAUCGGAUGAAGAACCCAGCGGUGAACGCGAUAAAGUUAAGGCUGAUUGCAGCCUGAAGGGUACUUCUCUCUUCAUAUUCACAGAAGACAGUCGCGUGCGGCAGUGGACGCUCAAGUUGAUCGUGCAUCCGUAUUUCGACUCUGUUGUUUUGUGUCUCGUCACUGUGUCGAGUAUUACUCUGGCCAUUGAUAACCCACUGCAGAAUCCAGAGUCUACGUUAGCGACUGGACUCAAGCGCUUGGACACAGUAUUUGCAAUCAUCUUCACCUGUGAGAUGGCCGUUAAGAUCGCAGCCAUGGGACUUGUGCUACACAAAGGAGCUUAUCUACGCAAUGGUUGGAACAUUCUCGACUGUGUAAUUGUCAUCUCGUCCCUAGUCAUGCUGGCCGAGGCUUCUAGUAGUCGUCAUUCAUUGAAAUCUCUUCGAUCUCUACGUGCCUUUCGCGCGUUUCGGCCACUGCGAGUGAUCAGCCGCAGACCGGGGCUUAAACUCGUCGUGAACGCGUUGAUCGAAGCCAUUCCCGCUGUAUUCAACGUACUGAUCAUCUGUGCACUCUUCUACCUCAUGUUCAGUAUCUUCGCUGUCACUUACCUUAAAGGCAGACUAAACUCCUGUAGUGGAGACGUAUUCAACGCGCUGUCGGAUGCUCAAGUGAAUUUUCUCGUGAAUCCUAAGCCGUGGUCUUCGCUCUCACUUGACCAACAGCAAUGGUUCGCUAACACAAAUUGUAUCGGGUUUCCUACUGAUUCUUUAACGUCAAAGUACGUGUGUGGAUGCUGGGGUGCCGACUGGGGUCCUGUCGUUCCGCAGAACUUUAAUAAUGUUGGCAACGCUAUGAUCACGUUUUUUGAGAUGUCGACAACGGAGAACUGGAGUUUACUCAUGAUAGCGUGCAUCGAUGCAACCGGCAUUGAUAUGCAGCCGAUACGCGACUACAACAUGUGGUGGGCUGCGUUUUUCGUUAACUUCAUGAUGUUCGGCAGCUUCUUCGUUGUCAAUUUGUUCAUUGGCGUCAUCAUCAAUAACUUUAACAAAAUGACGGAUGCUCUAGGAGACUCCUUCAUGUUGACAUCCGAGCAGAAAAAGUGGAUAAAAGCCCAAAAAGCAGCAGCCAGGGUGGGUCCUCAGCGGGUUUUCGUACCAUUCAAACAUCCCGUGCGGCGUGUGGUCUUCUUCUUUGUAAGACACAAACGAUUUGAGUGGUUCAUAAUGAUCUGUAUCAUUGUCAAUAUGUUGCUUAUGGCCACGCAGUACUACGGACAGUCGACUAUACACAUUACGAUUGUGAAUAAUCUCAAUGAGAUAUUCGCCGGGAUAUUCACUUGCGAGGCAAUGUUAAAGAUCGUCGCGUAUGGACUUGUGUACUUUGAGGAUAACUGGAAUCGUUUCGACUUCUUUGUCGUGCUCGGUACACUCGUAAGUAUCGUACUUGAGGCACUGACGACAGCCCAUCUACGAGCUUUCACUGUGCUUGCUCGCGUGUUUCGUGUAACUCGUUUAAUCCGACUCGUUAAAGCUUCAAAGGGCGUUCGCCAUAUCCUGACAACUCUUUACUUGGCUCUGCCGGGUCUCAGCAACGUGACUUCAAUUCUCCUUCUCUUACUCUUUAUCUACGCUACUAUGGGAGUUCAAAUGUUCGCCAAAGUGGGUUCAAGCGACAACAUCGACAUGCACGCUAAUUUCCAGAGCUUUGGCAGAGGAUUUCUCUUCAUGAUACGCGCUGCAACUGGAGAGAGCUGGGAUGACUGUAUGCACGACUUCGCCUCCAGUCCUGAAGGCUGUGUUGACGAUCCACCCUAUGACCCUAAUAUGUGUGGCUUCAGUGACUCUGACGACUGUGUUCCGCUCAACGGAUGUGGACACCCUAUCGCGUAUCUGUUCUUCUGCUCCUUCACACUAUUCGGAACGUACGUGAUGCUUAAUGUGACUGUGGCGGUGAUUCUCGAUAGCUUUUCUGUCUCAAAUGAAGAUGAGGAACCACUCAUUGACCCCGAAUUAUUGAGUGAAUUCCAGAGCAAGUGGGCGAAAGUGGAUCCGAAGGCCAAAGGAUUCAUCCCUGUAGUCAAGUUAUAUGCAGUCAUCGCGCUUCUUGAGCCUCCACUCGUGAAAUUCGAAGCUGUGGGCGACAAGAAUGCCUUCCUACAUUUUAUGAGUACUCUACAUUUACCCAUGUACGAGGGUGAUACCGUGUAUUUCACAGACACUCUGCUCGCUAUGACCCGCGAGAUGGUUAAAGACGAUAUUGAUGAUGAACUCGAAGGGAUAGGAAAUAUUAAGCUUCUAUCCGUCGAUCAUCCUGGCCAUCACCGCCUUCACUACCAGGCACACGAGUACUUUGCAGUACGUCGUAUUCAACGCUCCGUCGCUACCUGGUUACAAGUCAAACGACAGAUGGAGAAACGGAGCAUGGACGAGUACAAGAACAAGAUCAAGAAGCCCACCACCCGUCCUAAGAGGCAUCGUGGAUCUCUCGUUGUCACAACCGGAUAAGUCACGAGCUUCAUGGUUUAUGGGUUACUCUUCAGUGAUAGGAUUUUCGGUUGGACUAGAAUUUGGACCACGUUGUGUAAAACUGUUCCGGAGUGAGAGACACAUGGUCGUGAGCGACGCCAGGCUUUGUUGUCGGAAUAUGAAGCGCGCAGUAAGAUCCGCCAAGGCGUAAUUAGGGAAAAUACACUCCAUC